CCUUUGUGGCUUGGGCACACACUUCCUGGUCUCUUUUUCCUGAUGGUUCUUAUUAGACGCACAUGUUUUUUUUUGUGUUUUAGUUGAAGUAACAUUUGCUUUUUUUUUUAAUCAAACUUUACAUCUAGAAGAUUCUUUUUGUACAAAAUUACCAGCACUGAAGCAGGAUAUUGAAAAAGGAUCAAGGAUCAGUUUGACGACGCUCAUGUCAAGUUACAGCAACAACGGAGGAGUUCUCAACCCUGCCUACCAUGACAGCGAAACUCUGGAAGUUGAUAGAAGGUCUUCCAGAAAACCACAGCAUACUAACCCCUAUGGUCAAGAAGACCAAGCCUGGUGGAACGACAGGACGGAAACAUAUGACUCCGCGAUUGUUCAGAGUGCCAGCUAUGAUGCUGUCGUGAGAGAACCCUAUGAGGGCCGUCAGGAAGAAGGAUGGAGAGGGAGAGAUAGUAUCCCCAUGGGACUACAGUCAAGACGCCCAGAGAUUCCUGUCUUCCAGAACGUCUUCAACCGGAGUUCAUUCCAAGUCAACCAUGACUCUCAGUACGAUCGAUUGCCACCCGUCCAACUUCCUUCUGCAUCAUCAGGCACCAUGACAAUGAGAUUGAGGGGAGUUGGACUGAGGAUGAACAUAUUUCCUAGUGCGGAUCCUGAUCAUAUCGCAUUUGCAGAAGAAGCCAUCAUGAGCGAGAUGGAGAAAGAGGAACAGAGCCUGGUCAAAGAACUCGUCGCCUUAUCAACAGGGGACAGAGUCAAAGCUAUACGGGACCUUCCCAUGAGCUUUAAAGAAAAAAAACACAUCAGGAGUCAAGUGCUUGCAUAUAAGUCUUCCAGGCAAUCUCGGCGGUUCACAUGUUUUGCUGACUGCUCCGAGAGUGCCUCAGUGUCUCUUCGCAGGGUCGGCUACAGUAUGCGGUCAGCUAAACAGACCUUGGAACUGUGGCAAGGCAUUAUGAAAGAGAUAGGAGGAAAGUUCGGCACCAGUGUGCUCUCCUAUUUUCUCUUUCUCAAGUGGUUGCUCAUGUUCAACGUAUUCUCCUUCCUGGUCAACUUUGGAUUCAUCACCAUCCCGCUGCUUGUGUAUGAUCACUGCCCUAACGUACCCCCAAGUGUGAGCUUCAGGGGACUAGAGAUACUAACAGGAGCUGGUUACUUCACCUACACGGUCAUGUACUACGGCGGCUACAGCAAUGAAACCCUAGUGGACCCCGUGGAGUACAACAUGCAGCUGGCCUACUUUUUCACUAUUGCCGUUUACAUGGUGUUGUGUGGCAUUGCACUCAUUUUUAGCAUGGCAAAGUCAUUCAAGACGAACUACGUGCUUGCAGAUCAAGUGUCAAACAGCGCAUGGCAGCUUUUGUGCAGCUGGGAUUUCAGCAUCGUCAACCAGAGAGCAGUGAGACAGCGCAAGAAUAACCUCAGUGUACAACUUAAGGAGUCCAUGUCAGAGAGGGCCCAGAGAGAACAGCUAACCCUCAUCGAAAAGCUAAAGCACAUCGGGAUUCAUCUGGGCUCGUGGCUCCUCUCCACCGGCUUGGCUGUUGGCUGCGGCGCCAGCAUCUAUUUUCUCUGCCAAUACGAACAGCAGAGGACAACGGAUGUUCCAAAGUGGUCGCUGCUUCAGGAGGCAGAGACUCUCCUCGUUCCCUUCGUGGUGUCCUUGAUGAACCUGGUGGUCCCACUCUUCUAUUCUCUCUUCAAUAAGUUUGAGCGUUACUCUAGUCAACGCAGGCAGAUCUACGUUCUGGUGCUCAGGAAUGUUUUUCUCAAGAUGUUAAUUCUUGGUGUCUUAUGUUACUACUGGAUGAAUGAGGUGGCCCACAAGUUUUUGUGUUGGGAAUCCAUGGUCGGACAGGCGUUGUACCGCUUGGUCAUCUUUGACUUUUUCUUUCUGAUGUUGGGCUCCCUGUUUGGAGAGUUUCUUAGCAAUUUGAUUGGAACUAAAUUCUUCCCACGUCUUGGCGUCCCUGAGUUUGACGUUGCCAGGAAUGUCCUUGAGCUGAUCUACGCACAGACUCUGCUCUGGAUUGGAAUUUAUUUCUCUCCACUGCUGCCUGCCAUCCAGAUUGUCAAGUUAUUCAUCUUGUUUUACAUUAAAAAGGUCAGCUUGACCCACAACUGUCAGCCUCCAAGACGAACAGGCAGGGCAGCUCAGAUGCAAACCAUCUUCAUCGCUCUCCUCUUCUUCCCGUUCUUUGUGGGAGCCCUCUGCAUGGUUGCAUACACUGCAUGGAGACUGACUCCCUCGCAGCAGUGUGGGCCUUUUCGGGGCCUGAACAACACCUUCAGUGUGGUUGGAAUCUGGAUUGAUGGUUUAGAGCACAUCCCUGGUUCUCAGGGGGCUAUAUGGAUUUAUGAAAAUGUCAUAAAAAGUGAAAUUAUUUACUUUCUCGGCACGCUCAUCAUCUUAAUUAUCAUUUAUCUCUUCUGGCAAGUCACUCAAGGCCGCAAGCAACUUAUUCGUCGACUGAGACAGCAAAUUGUUAACGAGGGCAAAGACAAGACUUUCUUGCUGGAAAAACUGCAGAACCUCCAGAAAUCUCAUCCUAAUAAGAAACACAAACUGAAAAAUCUAAAGAAGCACCCCAAACGCCCUGAUGGCGGUUCUUCAGGCACCCAGUCCAACUCCAACGCUAUGGUCCAGGCUUUAAUUCUUCACCAACGACUUGAGGAAGAAGAAGACAGACGCAGCCAUGUUGGAGCUCCUGUUAUCUCUGGUAUCUUCAGUUCCGAUCGGAGAGCUGAGGGUCAAAACAGGGAAGAAUUUUACCCAAUGCACCAGUCGUCCUUCACUCCAGGGAUCGGUGCCAGGGACGUGGAUGAGGACAACGAAAGGGAUGUAGAUGACUUUCCUGAAAAUCCUCUCAACACAUCCACGGCAUUGAUGCAGGCGAUGCAGGCAAGACAAAAAGAGGAGGAUGCAGAACGAGAAAGCGAGGACGUGCCGUCUUCAUACUCGAACGCUAUGAUGCAAGUCAUGCAAGCAAGACAGAAAGCAGAGAGAAGUGAAAGUCUUUAUUGGGACGCCACUAAUCCUCCAGAAAAUCCACUUCCUGUCAGCUCUAGCGCUCUCAUCCGGGCAAUGUUAGCCCGGCAGCAGGCCCAGAAUGAGUUUGAUGACGGUUACUGAACUCAAAGUUUGUAAGUAAUUAAUGCAGAAAACAGCAAGAAUUAGAGUCAUCAUUUCUACUUUUCUACUUUUUUCAAGGUAACAAAACUAAUUUGCACACACAUCUAUUUAUGUCAGCGUGCAGUUCAGAAAAAAUGACAAAUAUAUAUACUGUACAUCAGGGGUCUCAAACUCAAUUUACUUGGGGGCCACUGGAGCUCGGGUCUGGGUGAAACCCCCCAAAAAAACACAUUUAUUAAAAAUAAAAAAAAUGUAAAAACUUCGCUUUGGUUCCAAUUUUCUACAAUAAAAGCUCUGAUAAAACAUUCCACUGUUCUCAAAUAUCUUAAUUUUUAUUUUUCUAUACAAAAUAAGAUGAAAAAUAAAUAAACAAGAAUAAAGAAAAUCA